CUAAAAUUUUUUUAUGAGGUCAGCGGUUUGUUUUCACACGCGAGUAUCGAGGCGACAAAGUUAUUGUUAUGCACUUUUCGCGGUCUUCGCGGAAAAGGGUUAUUAAAAAAUAUAUUUGCCCGUGAAAGAUCAAUUGACUUCCUCCUGGUUAUGGCUCAUGCAGUAUGCCACUUAGCUGGUGACAUUCAAGGAACAGUCACAUUUUUCCAAGGGCAACCUGGUGGGCCAUGUGUAAUCAGAGGAAUUUUACAGGGUUUAACGGAGGGACAUCAUGGCAUCCAUAUUCUAGAAUAUGGGGAUAUUUCACAAGGUUGUAAAAGUGCUGGUGCUCAUUUUAAUCCACAUAACAAGACACAUGGUGGACCAGAAGACAACAACAGCAACAGACAUGCUGGGGACCUUGGAAAUAUUGAAGCUGAUGAUCAAGGACAGGCAGAAGUCAACAUCACUGAUAGUGUUGUGUCAUUAACAGGGGAAUAUUCAGUGAUAGGUCGCACCUUGGAGCAGGUUUGUGAAGGUGUAGAUGAUCUUGGAAGAGGCGGACAUGAAUUGAGUCUUACAACUGGGAACAGUGGUGCUUGUUUAGCUUGUGGUAUCAUUGGAAUUGCAAAAUAUUCAGAGUAUACUAAAGUUUCACCAGAUGAUUCUGUUUAAUCAAGUUAGACAUCACACUCAUAAUUA